UACAGAGUGCAACACCAGUUAACAACACGAGUUUUCUGUGAUAGGGUCUGUGGUGGUGCGUGGUAGUUUUAUGGUGGUAACAAUGACAAUAUUUUAGUGGUCGAUAUGUUUAGCGGACACUUUUUGAAAUCGGCAACGUUACUGGAGAUAUAUGGGGGAAGACGUAAAAGUAUGCAGAGGAUAGGGCAUUGCUUGCAAUGUGUUAAUACUGUUCCCCGGCGAAAUAUAUCUCAUCAUAAUUAUCUGAGAUUUUCCUCCCAAACAAACUAUGAACAGCAUGCAAAACCACUUGAUCCCCAUCAAUUCAUAAAGAAUGAGUUACAAAAUGUCAAUAAUGAUAUAAUAAAAGAGUUAAACACAUCGCUUCAACCUCUUAAAACCAUUACACAUUAUUAUUUCGACAGUAAAGGUAAAAUGUUCAGACCUGCGGUAAUUCUACUUAUGGCUACUGUGUGCAACAAACAUUUAUAUGAAAACCCAGAAAGUUUGCCAUCAAAUUCUCAAAAGACAAUAGCUCGAGUAGCUGAAAUGAUCCAUACUGCUAGUCUGGUUCAUGAUGAUAUUAUUGAUUUAGCUGAAUCCAGGAGGGGGAAACCUUCAACACAUAAUAUAUGGGGGGAGAAAGAAGCAGUUUUAGCAGGAAACUAUAUAAUGUCAAGAGCAACCAUAGCAUUAGCUAAACUUGGAAAUACUGAAGUUAUUAAACUGUUGUCCAAAGUUCUGGAUGAUUUAGUAAGAGGUGAAUUUAUGCAAAUGGGAUCACGAGAAGAUCCCAAUGAACGAUUUACACAUUAUUUAGAUAAAACUUUUAAAAAAACUGCAAGUUUAUUGGCCUAUACAUGUAAAUCAGUUGCUCUACUAGCAAAUGGUUCUAAAGAAGUACAAGAUCUUGCUUUCGAAUAUGGAAGAAACCUUGGAAUGACUUUUCAGUUGGUCGACGACGUCUUAGAUUUUAAUUCUACUCAGGAGAUUCUAGGAAAGCCAGCAGCUGCAGAUCUACGUUUGGGUCUUGCAACUGGACCAGUUUUAUUUGCUAGCGAAGAGUUCCCAGAGAUAACUGCAUUCAUAAUGCGAAGAUUUAAAGGAGAACAUGAUGUGGAAGAAACAUAUGAAUUAGUAAGACAGAGCACUGGUAUAGAAAGAACAAUGUGUUUAGCAAGACAGCACAGUCGGGAAGCGAUACGGACACUCACAAAACUUCGACAAACUCCAGAAAGAGAUGCUUUAGUAGAACUUACUGAAAACCUUUUGAAACGUACACACUGAUUGGAAAGUGGGCAAAUAUUG